AUGAUGUCUGUAGAUGGCCCGAGUAAGAAGUGUCAAAUAUUCAAAAUGAACGUAAAGGCAGCGAUGGCCAUUACAAUGGUCUUUGUUGGAUGUUGUUCCAAUGUAGUAUUUUUAGAAAUGGUUGUGAAAGAAGACCCUGGCGCUGGUAAUCUAGCGACGUUCCUGCAGUUCUUACUCAUAGCUGUGGUUGGAUUUUGUACAGUUGGGAAAUUUGGAACGGCAAAGAGAAACAUUCCAUUUAAACAAUACCUUUUGUUAGUAGGAUUUUUCUGGACCAGUAGUGUGGCAAACAAUUAUGCUUUCGAUUUCAAUAUUUCCAUGCCCUUACAUAUGAUAUUUAGAGCCGGUUCUUUAAUGGCAAAUAUGGCAAUGGGAGUGUGGAUAUUGAAAAAGCGAUACCCGCCAUUGAAGUAUCUAGCAGUAUUCAUGAUUUCAGCUGGUAUCGCUAUAUGUACAAUUGUAUCAAGUGGAGAUGUUAAGGCUCCUAGAGAGACCCACGAAGAUGCUGCUGAAGAGGAGAGAUUAAAAUUCAUUGACUGGCUGUGGUGGUGUCUUGGCAUAGCUAUUUUAACAUUCGCACUCUUUGUUUCUGCACGAAUGGGUAUCUUCCAAGAAUCCCUAUAUUCCAAACAUGGAAAACACCCUUGGGAAGCCUUAUAUUACACACAUCUUCUGCCUCUAAUAUUCUGGUUACCAACAACAUCGAAUAUAAUCGGACACGUUAAGCUCGCUACAGAAACACCUCUAAUCGAUUUCCUGGGUUUCACACUACCAAGACAAGUGCUGUGGCUGAUACUGUACGUUAUGACUCAAGGAAUAUGUAUUAGUUCUGUUUACGUCUUGACCACAGAAUGUGCUUCAUUGACAGUAACUCUGACAGUCACUUUGAGGAAGUUCGUGUCACUUCUAUUCUCCAUAAUGUACUUCAGGAACCCGUUCACGCUGGGACAUUGGUUUGGCACGCUUCUAGUAUUCAUAGGAACAUUGAUAUUUACGGAAAUAUUACAGAAGACAGUGGCAAUCUUCUUGCCAGCGAAGAAGGACGCUAAGAAGAAAGAAUAA